CAAUAUGUGUUACCAUUCAUGAAUAGCACACCAAAAUGAAAAGUCUGUUACUAGCAACCUUGUGUUUAUUGUUAAUGCAAAUCCAAAAAACAACCCCUUCUUGUCGAAAAAGACGCAGCAAACCCAACAUAAUCGUAAUCAUAGGCGACGACGUGGGUCACAACGACUUCAGUCUGCAUGGUUCCAACCAAAUCCCGACACCUAAUAUAGACGCUCUUGGCUACAACGGGAUAGUUUUGGAUCGGUACUACGUCCAAAAUUCAUGUACACCAUCAAGAGCAGCAUUCCUAACCGGGAACUACCCAAUCCGAUCCGGAAUGCAAGGAGUACCCAUCGUUGCAGGAACCAACAGAUCGCUGCCUGUAGACAUGCCCACAAUGCCCCAGUUUUUGAAAAAAAUAGGCUACAAAACACAUAUUGUAGGUAAAUGGCACUUAGGUUCCAACUACAGGAGCAGAACUCCUACUGAAAGAGGGUUCGAUACGCACUUUGGGUACUGGAAUGGGUUUCUGGGAUACUUCGAUUAUUUCACCGAUUUUAACAAUACGAAGGUUGAAGGUUUUGACUUACAUGAUGGUUUUGAAACGGUUUGGAGAGACAUUGGGCAGUACGCUACUAAUCUUUUCACUAGGAAAGCCUUAGAAGUGAUUGAUAAACACGAUAGUAGAAAUCCUUUGUUUUUGAUGGUCACGCAUCUAGCAGCACAUGCCGGGAGGGACGGAGUUGAGUUAGGAGUACCAAAUAGGACUCUAACUGAUUUAAAAUAUAGCUAUAUUCAAAAUCCCCGUCGAAGACUCUUUGCUGAUGUCGUAAACCUACUAGAUGAUUCAGUUGGACAAAUUGUACAAAGGUUGCUACAUCGUAACAUGCUGAAAAACUCCAUAGUACUCUUUUUCUCUGAUAAUGGGGCUCCUACUGUUGGUCCCUAUGCGAAUUCUGGCUCAAACUGGCCACUACGAGGGAUAAAACUGACUAACUUUGAGGGUGCUAUUAGAGGCACUGGGGUUAUUUUUAGCCCUUUAUUGAAGAAGAGGCGCUACGUUAACAGUAAAUUUAUACAUGUUAGUGAUUGGUUACCUACGUUGUAUGCAGCUGCAGGUGGCAAUGUCAGAGAUUUAGGUCACAUUGACGGUGUUAACCAAUGGAACACACUAUCACAAGACGCCCCUUCACCACGUUCCGAAAUCCUAGUCAACAUCGAUGAAGUAGAAAACACUACAUCGAUUAUAACACACAACGGACGCUACAAAGUACUUACAGGUGCUUUCCUGGGUGGUACCAAAGACUCCUACUUCGGUGAAAGUGGCCGAGGUACCGAAGUACCACCAUACAACAUCACUAGAGUUAUCCACUGUGAUACCAACCAAGCUAUACAACAAAUCACCAACGCUCCAAUAAGCGAAAAACAGAUUAUGUACACCAGAGCUCAGGUGGACUUGGCUUGGUGCAGAAACGCCAACUAUACUCCAUUUUUGAAUUGUUCGAAUGCUUGUUUGUUCGAUUUGGAAAAGGAUCCGUGUGAGACUACGAAUAUUAUAGACGAACAGCCAGAUUUGGGGCGGCUGCUUUUGAGAAGAAUUGAGGAGUUUUCGGUGUUUUUGGUGCCUCAGGGGAAUCUGACUGUUGAUCCGGAUUCGAAUCCUCAGCGUUUUGGUAAUACUUGGUGUACUUGGUUGGACGAUUCGUGGUGUGUGAAGACUCCUAAUAACACGAAUUUGACACCAAAUAAUGUAAAUAUUUGAAUUAGUUGUUUCAGUAAAUAAAAGAUGGGGCGAUAGAAUACUGUACGGUUUUUAGUAAAGUCUAUUUAGUACCGCUAAAUAAACACAAAAUUUAUGUA